UGCGCUGUUGUUUGUAUUUUAUUGUAAUUUCUGUAUCAACACUCGCUGGCCCUACACAACCUAACCUAAUCAUACUUCUAUCUAAAAGACGUUAAUAUAUUAAUAAUACAAUUACUUCUAUGAGUUUCGAGUGUUGAUUUUAAUGAUUCUCCUGCCUAAAAUCUAAUUAGCUUUAUUUCAGAAAAAAAAUGGAUUAUUUGAGCAGUUGGUGUAAAAGUACGAAGACUUUGGACGGAUACACUGUGGUCUUAACUGGAGGAAGUACUGGCAUUGGCAAAGAAACCGCUCUUGAUUUGUAUAAAAGAGGCGCACGGGUCAUUCUAGCGUGUCGAGAUAUGGCCAAGACCGAAAAGGCGAAAGAAGAUAUCCUCAAAGAAACUAACGAUGAACACAAAGGUUCAAUAGCAAUCGAAAAGCUAGACCUUAGCAGUUUACAGUCAGUUCGUGAAUGUGCUUCGCGAAUAUUGGCUACUGAGGCGAAGAUUGACAUUCUUAUAAACAAUGCAGGAAUUAUGAUGGCCCCUAAAGGUAUGACAGAAGAUGGGUAUGAGAUACAUAUUGGGACGAACCAUUUUGGACAUGCUUUAUUGACGUUGCUGCUGUUGCCUCGAAUAAUAGAGAGCGCACCGGCAAGAAUAGUCACUGUGGCGUCUUUUGCGCACAUAUUGUCAAAUUUAGAUAUAGACGAUAUCAACAUUGAAAAGACUUUCUAUCUCCCGAUGAAAGCGUACAGUAGAAGUAAAGCUGCGAAUAUAAUGUUCUCAAGAGCUCUUCAUAUAAAAUUGAGAGAGAAUAACAUACAAAAUGUAAACACAUACAGUUUACAUCCAGGAACAGUGAGUACUGAAGCUGUGAGACAUUUAGAUAAAUCACUUUUUAGUGGGGCAACGUGGAUAGUCAAUAAUGUCAUAAGUUGGUUCAUACGCUCGCCACGCAGCGGUGCCCAGACGACCAUCUAUUGUGCCAUCGACGACGCUUGUGCUAACGAAAGUGGACUUUACUACGAUAACUGUGGCGUUUCGCGGACGUACUGGCAAUGUAGUGAUGACGCAGCAGCGCUUAAACUUUGGCAUUUGACUCUCGAGAAACUUGACCUUCAAGAUCCAUUCAAAACCAAAGACUGAAUUUUAAGUGGAAUAGAUCUGCGUUUUAAUAUAACAUUUCUCUUAUUUUCAUAUAAACAAUAUAUUUUUAUCGCAAUGUAAGUAUUU